UCUUUUUUUUUUGUGGCUCUCUCUCUCAGAUCGUCAUCGCCCCUCUGACUUUGUGUUCAUCGCACAACUUCCCUAAUUCAUUCCAAUCCAAUUGAAUUUCUGUUGUAAAACUUGCCAGAUAUGUUUGCUCUCUGUUGUGAAUCUCACCUCGUUUAUUGCAAGAAAGGAUGGAUGGGGAACAAAGAUGAAACCUUGAAGUGUCUAAACAUCACCAAGAAUUCAAUUCAAUCGGGCGACAGAGAUCGCGCCCUCAAAUUCCUCAACAAAGCCCGUAGGUUAGACCCAUCCAUUCAAAUCGACCAAUUCUCAUCCAAUCUCAACGCUUCACCGCUGGAAGAUAAGAACCUUAAUGCACCAACCGAUGAGAAUCCCUCCGAUCCAUCGGAAAGUGGGCCCCAACAUAGGGUUCCGAUCGCUGCGCGAUCAACGCCGUCUUCGACCGCCGCAUCGGCUACCUACAACGACGAGCAGGUGGUUGUUGUCAAAGAGAUUAAGAGGAAGAAAGAUUACUAUGAGAUUUUGGGGUUGGAGAAUAAUUGCACGGGUGAGGAUGUUCGGAAGGCAUAUAGGAAGCUUUCUUUGAAGGUCCAUCCCGAUAAGAACACGGCUCCCGGCGCGGAUAAGGCAUUCAAGAUGGUCUCAAAGGCGUUCCAGUGCUUGAGCAACGAGGAGAGCCACAAGAAAUAUGACGUUGUAGGAUCGGAUGAGCCGGUUUACGAGAGGAGAGGCGGAGGUGGUGGUAUUGGGAUGCGUGGGUUCAACGGGUGGUUUUAUGAGGCAGACGUUGAUGCAGAGGAGAUUUUUAGGAACUUCUUCUUUGGGGGAAUGCAUCCUGCAAAGACUGCCAAUUUCAGUGGAUUCACGUUUGGAAAUGCAGCAUCGCGCAGCCUCGGCCCUCUCUACCCGCUCCGCUCGGCCCCGUCGCCUCCGCCUUGAGGGGCGACAACAAUCUGAGCCGGUGGCAGAGAGAGAGAGAACUGCAAAAAAAAAAAAAAAAAGUUUAACGGCAUUUAACAGCCGUUAAACGCGGGAGGCCAUCUGCACCCUUGUUUCGGGAGUUCAGGGAGGUCAACACGCCUUGACCAAGUAUGGGGGAAACGCUCUAGGGGGUGUAGUUUAGGGGGCAAUAUGCACCUUAGCCCAAUAGAAUAAUUAAAUAAGUUGAUAUAUUGAAAUUGGAGAUGUGUCUAUAAAUAAAAAUAAACUAUUUUAUGUGGAAUGAUUAAAAUAGAUUUAUU